AUGUCUUCAUUCAAGAACGCGGUCGGAGCUCUUGAUGAGAGGAUAUCCAAGUCUACGUUUGGGAGAGUUUUCCGUCUCGAUGGAUCUGGUCAUCCAAAAGAGCGGAAAGGCUCCAAGUUCGUCACGGAGAUUCGCGCGGGGUUGACGACUUUCUUUACCAUGGCAUAUAUUAUCGCUGUCAAUGCAAAUAUUCUCUCUCAGAGUGGUGGGACUUGUGUCUGCCCUGGUACAAAUCCAAACGAUACUAUGUGCAAUGUCGAUCCGGACUACAAUCAAUGCUUGCUAGCUGUCAAUCGUGAUCUUAUCACAGCAACGGCUGCUAUCUCUGGCAUCAGCUCCAUUGCUUUUGGCUUCCUCACCAACCUUCCUGUCGCAUUGGCCCCUGGCAUGGGCCUCAAUGCUUACUUCACCUACCAAGUCGUCGGAUAUCACGGCACUGGUAGUGUAUCUUAUCAACUUGCUCUCACAGCCGUCUUCGUUGAAGGCUUCGUCUUCGUCUUUCUCUCUCUUAUCGGCAUGCGCCAGUGGCUCGUCAAGGUCAUUCCGUCCUCAGUCAAGGUUGCAAGUGGUGUUGGAAUAGGCAUGUUCUUAACUGAAAUUGGCAUGUCGUAUUCUGGCAUCGGACUUAUCACUGGCGCUGUUGAUACACCGACAGAUAUUGGUGGUUGUCCUCCGCAGUAUCUGGAUCCAGGUUCUGGAGCGUGUACAAGUCAUAAGAUGACCAAUCCGACUCUAUGGAUUGGGGUCAUUUGUGGCGGUGUUCUGACUUCGUACCUCAUGGCAUAUCGCGUCAAAUCAGCAAUCAUGAUCGGAAUCACAGUCGUCUCCAUCAUGUCAUGGCCUCGCGAUACAACCUUUACCUACUUCCCUCACACUGCCGAAGGCGAUGAAAUGUUCGCAUUCUUCAAGAAGGUCGUCGACUUCCACCCCAUAACACAUAUCCUCGCUGUUCAAGACUGGGAUGUCAGAGGAGCAGGCUCUCACUUCGCACUCGCUCUCUUCACCUUUCUCUACGUCGAUAUCGUCGAUGCCACCGCAACUCUAUACUCGAUGGCCCGCUUCUCUGGCGUCGUCGACCCCGAAACUGGCGACUUUCCUCGCUCAACACUCGCAUACUGCACAGACGCAAUCUCCAUUUCCAUCGGCAGCCUCUUUGGGUGCUCACCCGUCACAGCUUUCAUCGAGUCAGGAGCAGGUAUCACAGAAGGCGGCCGAACAGGACUCACUGCCAUAACAACCGGCACCUGCUUCCUGAUCUCCAUCUUCUUCGCCCCGAUCUUCGCAUCUAUCCCUCCCUGGGCCACGGGCUGCACCCUCAUCCUCGUGGGCUGCAUGAUGAUGCGCCAAGUCACCGCGGUAAACUGGUCCUUCAUCGGCGACGCUCUCCCGGCUUUCGUAACCAUCGUCUCGAUGCCGUUCACGUACUCCGUGGCAUACGGUCUCAUCGCUGGUCUGUUCACCUACACGAUCCUCAAUGGAUUGAUUUAUAUCACGAAGAAGGUCUCGGGAGGGAGGAUUCAACCCCCAGAUGCGGAUCUGAAGGAGUAUUGGACGUAUAAACCGGGUUUGAGCCAGAGCUUGCCGUGGUUUGUUCGGGUGGUAGAGCAGAGGAGGUGGUUUACGGGGAGGGAUGGGGUGUAUGUUGAGGCGGAGGAGGGGAGAGAGGGGAGUUUGGGUGCGAGUGAGAAGGAGUUGGUGGAGGGAGUGAAUACUGGGAGGAAGGAGAAGGGGAAGGGUGUUGUUGUUGUUGGGGAGAGGUUUGCUUAA